GAUCCCGGGGAGGUAAACAUGGCUGCCGGGCCUGGAAUACCAUCAAUGAACCAGCUAUCGGCUGGACAUUCAUCUGUAUACGAAGCUUACUUCCGACAGGCUGACACUAAAUUGACAAGCACGAUAGCAGCUGUAGAUGCAGCAGCAUUUUUAAAAAGAUCAAAUUUAAAAGAAGGGAUUUUACAUAAGAUCUGGGAGUUGUGUGACCAAACAGGGACAGGAUAUCUUGAUAAACAUCGUUUCUUUCUUGCUUUGCGUUUGAUUGCCCUGGCCCAAAAUGGCAAAGAAGUUUCACUGUCAAAUCUAUCUUUACUAGUUCCUGCUCCUAAUUUGGGAGAUAUCCCUUCACCUCUAGUGAAAUCACCAAUGGAUACAACCUCGUGGCUAGUGAAACCAUCAGAGAAAUUAAAAUAUGAUGGAAUAUUUGAGAAUCUCAAACCAGUUAAUGGAUAUUUACCUGGAGAUAAAGUAAAACCUGUUCUAUUGAAUUCCAAACUACCACUCGAUGUACUUGGUCGUGUUUGGGAUCUAUCAGACAUCGACAGAGAUGGAAUGYUAGAUGCAGAUGAAUUUGCUGUAGCAAUGCACUUAGUUUAUAAAGCAUUAGAAGGUGAGAUUGUUCCAUUAUCAAUUCCUCCUCGUCUGUUGCCUCCAUCAAAAAGAACUCUUCAAAAUCCAUCAUCUGCACCUCAGUCRCCUUCACUCAAGAUACCACUAUCUGGGACAUCCCCAGUCUCUUUAGGCCAGUCUGUCAGYAAGGAUACCUGGGUAGUGUCACCUUCUGAGAAACUGAAGUUUGAGGGAAUGUUUAUAAAUGUUGAUAAAGAUGGGGAUGGUCUUGUAUCUGGUGAGCAAGUAAAAGAUGUUUUCAUGCAGUCUGGCCUACCACAGCCUGUCUUAGCUCAUAUUUGGGGACUWUGUGAUAUCAAUAACAGUGGCACUCUCAAUGCAGAACAGUUUAUACUCGCCAUGUACUUAGUACAACAGAAAGUCAAAGGAGUUGAUGUACCACACGCGCUGACUCCUGAGAUGAUUCCACCAUCAAUGAGAGGAACACUAACUCCUAAUACAGAAGAUAAGGAUAGCGGAACGUUAAGUGUUGCAUCAUCACUUGGUGACUUUACGGCGAUCAAAGAACUUGAUAAAAUAACUAAAGACAUUGAAGAGCUUGGACGAGAAAAAAUGAGCUUACAGCAAGAUAUUAGUGAGACUGAAGAGUCAAUUCGCCAAAGAAAUACUGAAAUACAGAACUUACAAGCAGAUUUAGAAAAGAAAAGACUUAGUGUUCAAGAAUUAAAAAGACAGAAAGAAGAAGCUCAAAAACAAUUAGAUGAAUUAGAUAAAGAGAAAGCUAAAUUUGAUGACAAGCUUGCAGACAUCAAACAAAAAUGUCAAGARCAAACUAAAAUAAUAUCAGAGUUGCAGUUACAAAUACAAGGGAAACAAAAAUCUAGUCUUGUUCAAGAGGAAGAACUUGGAGAUGCCAAGACUGAGCUGAAUAAACUGCGUGAAGAAGAAUCAAAACUAGAAAAAGAAAUUCAAUCAAGUAAAGAAUAUUUAGAAACUGUUCAGAAACAGUGUAAAUCUGUGCAAGGCGAAAUAUCAAAGGCUCGCUCCAAGCUGAGUACACUAAAAGAAACAAACACCAGUCUUCAAUCCCAAAUAGCUCACUACAAUUCACUGAUGAAUAACAGUACUGCYUCAUCUAAUUCACUCAUGAAUGACUUUUCUUCUUUAACUGAUGCACCCUUCGAUAUGACACCAACACCAUCRGAAACAGAUGCCAUGAGUGUCAGAGCAACAGCCGGUAGCAGUCCUGUCAGCAGUCUUAGUGGAUUUAGCGUUGGCUCUGGAAGGGUUGAUGAAACAGUGGAUGAUGAUUUCAAAGAAAAGGAAGCAGGUGAUGAUUUCAAGGACGGAGAUCCUUUCAAAAGUAAAGAAAACAUCUUUAGUUCAACAGAAACAGAUGGAAGUGAUCCUUUCCAUUCUGAUGAUCCCUUUAAGUCWGAUCCAUUUCACUACAAGAGCGUCUCCUUUGCAGAUCCCUUUGCGGCAUCUGAUCCCUUUGCUGGAGAGGAUGAUUUGUUUAAAAAUGAUCCUUUUAAAGCAGAUUCAACGUCCAAUGGAGGCACAGGCCUUUCGUCAAAGACGGAUCCUUUUGGGGAUCCUUUCCAAGGUGCUUUCCCACCAUCUAAGACUUCAAAUGAUAAUUUUUUUGCUUCUGAUCCAUUUAAACCCACAAGUGAAGACUCUAAUAAAACUCCAACUAUCCAAAAGAARGUGUCAGGCAAGGACCCCUUUGGUGGGGACCCCUUUGGUUCAGAAGAUCCUUUUACAGCAUCAUAAAACAAGGAAAUACAAUAAAUGACUCGUGCAAAGAGAAUCAAGAAUGUUGAAUUACAUGUAAGCAAGAUUUACAACUACAAGUGCUAACUACCUUUCAAACUCUGCUUCAUAAUCCAAGUGUAAAAAAUAUAAAAAAGCCUUUCAUAAAUAGCCUGCGUAGCUGGCCCAGGCCMCUUAAAAGGGCCAGCUACGCAGGYUAUUYAUAAAUGAUUGGGGCAGCAUAACAUUGACAGCAAAUCUGCAAUUAUUGUACUAAGUUACAAGUUUAGUUAAGCAAGAACAACAAAURCCUCUCAGUUUUUUAAUAAUUGAGUUAAUUUGAUGUAAUGUUUAUCACUCUCAGGAGCAAAAYUAGGCAUUUUUCUAAGGCAAAUACUGUAAAAAAGAACAAAUAAAGUCAUUAACCUUCUGAUGUACUGGAGAUUGCAUAAAGCAAUCACAGAUUGCUYUGACMGUUCUAUGAUAAAUAUCAUUUGGUUGUCAGCCUGAGCCACAGUUCUAAAAUACUUUCAGAUGUUACAUGUAAGGUACAUACAUGGAUUGAAGGUAUUUUUUGUCCAUUGCCUUCACAAUAUCUAAAGACCAUAAAACGUUAUAAUAAUUAAAAAAUAUGUUACUUUUGUUAAAUUUUUAUUUCAUUAAUAAUAAAUUAUACAUAACUGGCAUUAACAUGUCAGUAAUUGA